GACAACUGCAGAUCCUGUCAAGAUGCACUAGGCUGUAGAGAGGGGAAAAAGACGCAGUCUCCAGCUAGGGUAGCCUACUUAGUGGAGAUGAUUGCAAUAUUUAUUAAAACGCACAGCUAUGCAUCCUUGUCGCAUGUAUUAAAGGUGAUCGAUUUGUUUGCCUAUUGAAAUGCAAGAACCGGCUCACUCUUGGAGAGGUUUUUCCCGACCAAAAAAAUAAUUAAAGAAAAAACAGGAUGCCUUGCUUUUCGACGGAGAGAAAACGCAGAUACUCUGACAAGAUAGAACAUUUUUGACAGUUUUCUCACCCGCCAGUUAAACCAAUCGUGUUUUUUUUUCUGUCAGAGAACUGAUUUACCAGAAAUUACAUAAACACAUCGCUCUAUUUCCCAUUCAUAUUCCAAACACACGAUCAGAGACACCGUGCGCCUUCCCUCUCCCUCCCCUCCUCUCUCUUCCUCCUCCUUCCCCCUCCCUCUCCACACACAAAUGGAGGUAUCUUCUCGGCGCUGAAGAUCUGGGAAGGAGACACAGAUAGAUAGAAGGAGACAGAGACAGAGACAGAUAGAAAAGCCAGAGGAGGAACCGAAGCCAACUCCAUUCUGCAUGUGUGUUUGGAGCCGAGGCUGAUGGGGUGGUGGCAUGUGGAGGUGUCACUCUGAGGUUCCCCCCCGGCUCCUUCCUAACCUCUGGCGUUUGGUGUCUGCAGAAUGGCGCGUUUUGGAGACGAGCUACCCAACAGGUAUGGAGGAGGAGGAGGAGGUGGUGGUGGCGGUGGUGGCGGGGGUGCCGGCGGACAAGGGGGGCCCGGCCGCGGCGGCAGCAGGCAAGGGGGGCCCCCCGGAGGGCAGCGGAUGUACAAGCAGUCGAUGGCCCAGAGAGCCCGGACCAUGGCCCUGUACAACCCCAUACCCGUCCGGCAGAGCUGCCUAACGGUCAACCGCUCCCUCUUCCUCUUCAGCGAAGACAACCUGGUGAGGAAGUACGCCAAAAAGAUCACCGAAUGGCCUCCGUUUGAAUGGAUGAUCCUCACCACCAUCAUUGCAAACUGCAUCGUCCUGGCUCUGGAACAGCACCUUCCCGAUGGAGACAAGACGCCUCUGUCUGAACGACUGGAGGAGACAGAGCCCUAUUUUAUAGCCAUCUUCUGUUUUGAGUCGGGGAUAAAGAUCCUGGCUCUGGGUUUUGCGUUACAUAAGGGCUCCUACCUGAGGAAUGGCUGGAACGUCAUGGACUUCGUGGUCGUACUAACCGGUAUUUUGUCUUCAGUGGGGUCUCAGCUCGACCUGAGGACACUACGAGCUGUCAGAGUGCUGCGACCAUUGAAACUGGUGUCUGGGAUUCCCAGCCUGCAGGUGGUGCUCAAGUCCAUUAUGAAGGCUAUGAUCCCCCUGCUGCAGAUCGGCCUGCUGUUGUUCGUGGCCAUCCUCAUGUUCGCCAUCAUCGGCCUGGAGUUCUACAUGGGAAAGUUCCACACGACCUGCUACGACAAAGUCACACGAGAUGUGGUGGACGAAUUGCCAUGCGGCACGGAGCUGCCGUCCCGGUUGUGUCCUAACGGCACAGUGUGUGAAGGCAACUGGCUCGGACCCAACUAUGGCAUCACCCAGUUCGACAACAUCCUGUUUGCUGUGCUCACCGUCUUCCAGUGCAUCACCAUGGAGGGAUGGACAGACAUGCUCUAUUAUAGUAAUGAUGUGGAGGGCAGUGCCUGGAACUGGAUGUACUACAUCCCCCUCAUCAUCAUCGGCUCCUUCUUCAUGCUCAACCUGGUGCUGGGUGUACUCUCAGGUGAAUUUGCCAAAGAGAGAGAGCGAGUAGAGAACAGGAGCGAGUUCCUCAAGCUGAGGCGACAGCAGCAGAUUGAGAGAGAGCUCAACGGAUACCUGGAGUGGAUCUGCAAAGCAGAAGAAGUGAUUUUGGCUGAAGAGGACGGCACAGGGAACUUUGAUGGUUCGAGGCGAAGGCCAACCAUCAAAACCAAAAACAACAAGACAGAGCUGCUGAACCCAGAGGAAGGAGAGGACAACAUGGGAGAUGCAGUAGGUUUUGCCCGCUCCAGUAUAAAGAGCGGUAAGGACGGCUCCAAUUACAGUAAGAAGGAGCGCCGACUGCGAUUCUUCAUCCGCAAGAUCGUGAAGACUCAGGCUUUCUAUUGGACGGUGCUCUGCCUGGUGGGCCUCAACACCAUGUGUGUGGCUGCAGUGCAUUACGACCAGCCUGAGCUGCUCUCCGACUUCCUCUUCUAUGCAGAGUUUAUCUUCCUCGGUUUGUUCAUGUCUGAGAUGCUGAUCAAGAUGUAUGGUCUGGGCAUCCAGCCCUACCUCCACUCCUCAUUCAACUGCUUCGACUGUGUGGUCAUUGUGGGAAGUAUCUUCGAGGUGGUGUGGGCCACCAUCAAACCAGGAACAUCCUUUGGAAUCAGUGUGCUGCGAGCUUUGCGACUGCUCCGCAUCUUUAAAGUCACCAAAUACUGGGCUCCUCUUCGAAACCUGGUGGUUUCUCUGCUAAACUCCAUGAAGUCCAUUGUCAGUUUGCUGUUCCUCCUCUUUCUCUUCAUCGUGGUCUUUGCCUUGUUGGGGAUGCAGCUGUUUGGAGGACAAUUCAACUUCGAUAACGGAACGCCACCCACUAACUUUGACACAUUUGCAGCAGCGAUCAUGACGGUUUUUCAGAUCCUGACAGGAGAGGACUGGAACAUGGUGAUGUACGAUGGCAUUGAGUCCCAGGGAGGAGUCAACGACAAAGGGAUGGUGUUCUCCAUCUUCUUCAUCGUCCUCACACUUUUUGGCAACUACACUCUGCUUAACGUCUUCUUGGCCAUCGCUGUGGACAAUCUGGCGAACGCCCAGGAGCUCACCAAGGACGAAGAAGAACAGGAGGAAGCAGCCAAUCAGAAGACAGCAAUGCAGAAGGCUAAGGAGGUUGCAGAGGUCAGCCCACUGUCUGCAGCCAACCUGACCAUUGCAGCUAAGGAGCAGCAGAAGAACCACAUUAAGGGUAACAAGUCAGUGUGGGAGCAGAGAACGAGCGAGAUCCGCAAACAGAACCUGAUGACGAGUCGUGAAGCGCUCUACAACGAGCUUGAGCAGGAGGACUGGAAGGUGGGAGGGGAAGGGGAGGAGGUGUCCUACCCACGGAAAGCACGCGGUGAUAUGAAGACCCAUCUGGACCGUCCGCUGGUGGUCAACCCGCAGGACAACCGCAACAACAACACCAACAAGACCCAACCUGGUGAGCUGCCUCUGGACCAGGAGUACCGCCGCCAGGACAUCGACCACUACCGCCGAGCCACCCACCACUACCACUACCACCACCAUCAUCAGAAGGCCACCGGGUCGGACAACGGAGAGACGGGACAGACGGCAGAGACCCGCAUGGAGCGCGGCUUGAGUUGCACGUCUCUGGGCAAUGUGGAGGGCCAGCAGGUAGAGGAGAGGCACAGCCACAGGAGCCACCGGGGCCACAGGCACAGGAACAGAGAAGGCAGGGAGGCUCGUAGCGUGUCUCCCCACCACAGCGAGGCGGUGGAGGGCAGUAAUGAACACAGGAGGUCCCGGCAGCACCGCAGGGCAGCCAGGGAGGGGGAGGAAGGCAGGAGACACAGAUCCAGAGGGACAGAAGCAGAGGGGGAGAAAGCUGAGGAAGGAGAGGGACGGAAGACAAGACGGCAUCGCCACUGCAACCAGGAGAAAAGAGGUCAUCGCACCAGGAAGGAGCACCACAGCACGGGGCCCAACCUCUCCACCACACGGCCCAUACAGCAGUACAACGAGGACCUAGACAACUUCCGCAACAACAGCAAGCUGGCCAGUGCCCAUGAGCAUCCCUACACCCUCCCACCAGAUCACCCCGACCACCCAGACCACGUUAACAACCUGCUGAACUGCCGGGACGCAGACACCCACACCCUCCUCCACAGCAUGGACAGCCUGAUCCUGACCAGCAUGGCCAAACCCGAGUACACAAAGAUCGACAUGCCCCCUGUCUACCCCUACCCCUCCACCAACGCCAUCCUGCAAGUGAACAAGAACGCCAACACCGACCAGAAGAAGAACGAGGAGAAGAAGGAGGAAGAAGAUGAGGGAGGAGACGAAGAUGGCCCCAAACCUAUGCCUCCCUACAGCUCCUGCUUCAUAAUGUCCACCACCAACCCGUUUCGGAAAUGCUGUCACUACAUCCUGACUCUGAAGUAUUUUGAGUUCAGCAUCCUGUCUGUCAUCGCUAUGAGCAGCAUCGCCCUCGCUGCAGAGGACCCCGUCUGGCCUGACUCACCGCAAAAUAAUGUGCUGCGUUAUUUUGACUACGUUUUCACAGGCGUCUUCACAUUUGAAAUGUUGAUCAAGAUGGUGGUGCUGGGCUUGUUUCUCCACCAGGGCUCCUACUUCCGCGACUUGUGGAACAUUCUGGACUUUAUAGUGGUUAGUGGUGCUCUGGUGGCCUUCGCCUUCACGGGGAGCAGCAAGGGCAAAGACAUCAGUACCAUCAAGUCCCUUCGUGUGCUGAGGGUGCUGCGUCCUCUGAAGACCAUCAAACGACUCCCCAAGUUAAAGGCUGUGUUUGACUGUGUGGUCAACUCUCUGAAGAAUGUGCUGAACAUCUUGAUUGUCUACAUGCUCUUCAUGUUCAUCUUCGCUGUGGUGGCCGUGCAGCUCUUCAAAGGCAGAUUCUUCUACUGCACGGAUGAAUCCAAAGAGUUUGAGCGUGACUGCAGGGGCGAGUACUUGGUGUAUGAAAGAGACGAGGUUAAAGCUCAGAAGCGGGAGUGGAAGAAGUACGAUUUCCACUACGACAACGUGGCUUGGGCCCUGCUCACCCUCUUCACUGUCUCCACUGGAGAGGGGUGGCCGCAGGUGUUAAAGCACUCAGUGGACUCCACCUAUGAGAAUCAGGGCCCUAGCCCAGGUUACAGGAUGGAAAUGUCCAUCUUUUACGUGGUGUACUUCGUUGUCUUCCCCUUCUUCUUCGUAAACAUCUUUGUGGCUCUCAUCAUCAUCACCUUCCAGGAACAGGGCGACAAGAUGAUGGAGGACUACAGUUUAGAAAAGAAUGAGAGAGCCUGUAUAGACUUCGCCAUCAACGCCAGACCUCUGACUCGUCACAUGCCGAAGAAUAAACUGAGCUUCCAGUAUCGCAUGUGGCAGUUUGUGGUGUCUCCGCCCUUCGAGUACAGCAUCAUGGCUCUGAUUGCGCUCAACACCAUCGUCCUCAUGAUGAAGUUUGACGGAGCCUCAGAAACGUAUGACGAGGUCCUGAAGAACCUCAACAUCGUUUUUACCACCUUCUUCUUCAUGGAAUCAGUCCUCAAGGUCAUCGCUUUCGGCCCUCUGAAUUUCUUCAGAGAUGCCUGGAACAUUUUUGAUUUUGUCUCCGUCCUUGGAAGCAUCACUGACAUAUUAGUGACAGAGCUAGGGAAUAAUUUCAUCAACUUGAGCUUCCUGAGACUGUUCAGAGCAGCUCGCCUUAUCAAGCUGCUGAGACAGGGAGAGACCAUCCGCAUUCUCCUGUGGACCUUUGUCCAGUCCUUUAAGGCUCUGCCAUACGUGUGCCUGCUCAUUGCCAUGCUCUUCUUCAUCUAUGCCAUCAUCGGCAUGCAGCUGUUUGGGAAUUUGUCACUAGAUAAAGAGAGUGCCAUCAACGAGCAUAAUAACUUCAGAACCUUCAUCAUGGCCCUAAUGCUGCUGUUCAGGAGCGCGACAGGCGAGGCGUGGCAUGACAUCAUGUUGGCUUGUCUGGGUGGUAAGGAAUGCGACAAGGACUCAGGGAACACAGAACCUGAAUGUGGCAGCACCUUUGCCUACACCUACUUUGUCUCCUUCAUCUUCCUCUGCUCUUUCCUGAUGUUGAAUCUGUUCGUGGCCGUCAUCAUGGACAACUUUGAGUACCUGACCAGAGACUCGUCUAUCCUGGGGCCGCAUCACCUGGACGAGUAUGUAAGGAUAUGGGCCGAGUACGACCCUGCCGCCUGCGGGCGCAUACAUUAUAAGGAUAUGUACAGUUUAUUGCGAGUUAUCUCCCCUCCCCUGGGCCUUGGCAAGAAAUGCCCACAUAGGGUGGCCUGCAAGAGGCUGCUGCGCAUGGAUCUGCCGGUGGCGGAUGACAACACAGUGCAUUUUAACUCCACGCUCAUGGCUCUGAUCAGGACAGCACUGGAUAUAAAGAUUGCCAAGGGCGGUGCAGACAAGCACCAGAUGGAUGCAGAGCUGAGGAAGGAGAUGAUGGCCAUAUGGCCAAACUUGUCACAGAAGACACUGGACCUGCUGGUUACACCGCACAAGGCAGCCACAGACUUGACGGUGGGCAAAAUCUACGCCGCCAUGAUGAUCAUGGAAUACUACCGGCAGAGCAAGAUGAAAAAGCAGCAGGCCCUGCGAGAGGAACAGAACCGAACGCCAUUAAUGUUUCAGCGCAUGGAGCCGCCCCCUGAGGGAGGGGGCACCGACGGCCCGGGGGGUCAGGGCCUCAACAGCCUCCCCAACACCCAGCCAGAUAACCUCAACAGCAUACCUCCCGAGGGUGGCAUGACUGACCAAUCAUGGGUGACGGAAAAAGCCCAGGACAUGUUCAAAAAGACGGGUCCCUGGAGCCCCGACAGACCCUACCCCGACGAUCUCCACGACAACCGUCACAACCCGCAGACGGUAGAGAUGAGGGAGAUGGGGCGGGACGGGUACUCCGACACUGAGCCCUAUCACCCAAUGGAUGGGCAUGGGCGGACCCUCUCCAUGCCCCGCCUCUCGGCAGACAACCAAAGAGCUCAUGCUGUUUCGCGGAGGAGACACAAGCCUCGUGGAAAUAACCUCAGUACCAUCACGGACACCAGUCCGAUGCGUCGCUCCACCUCCAGCCUGGUCCACGGGCGCACGGGCCGGGGUGUGAGGCUGGAUGACUACUCCCUGGAGAGGGUGGUGUCUGAGGAGGGGAGGCACGGAGGAGGACGCAGACACCGGGAUAAGAGUCACCGGACCUCACAGCGCUCCCUGACCAGAUACACUGAUGCUGACACGGGUCUGGGCACAGACCUCAGCACCACCACGCAGUCGGGCGACCUUCCACCUAAGGAGCGUGAGCGGGACCGCGGCCGGACCAAGGACCGCCGUCAUCAUCACCACCAUCAUCACCAUCACAGCUCCAUGGACAAGGAGCGCUACGGCCCAGAGAGACACGACUACCCUCACAGGCAUCCCCAGGACCGCCACUGGUCCCGCUCACCCAGCGAGGGGCCUGAUGGACGAGGACACAGACAGGGCAGUAGUUCGGUGAGCGGCAGCCCGGUCCCCUCCACCUCGGGGACCAGCACUCCGCGGAGAGGCCGUCGCCAGCUGCCCCAGACCCCUGCUGUCCCUCGUCCACAUGUCACCUACUCCCCCGCUGUCCGCAAGCCCAGCUACGGUCCCCCGGGGCCGGGCCGACUGCGCUCUCCCUCUCCCAGACACUUCUCCCCACCAGACCACGACAGAGGCUACCACCACCGACCCCCAUCACGCCACGCUUCUCCCCACCACGGGGGUUCCUCGUCCCGGCACGGUUCACCGCGCUCCCCUAGGCACCAGUCCCCGCGCUCGCCCCUCCACGGCUCGCCCAGGUCCCCUCACCGAGGCCGCUGGAGUGGGCCUCCCCCUGGGGACAGCCUGGAGGGUGACGGGCCCUUCUACGAGCGCGACUAUGAGUACGAGCGGCACCACGAGCCGCCUGCAUAUGAGCAAAGCCUCUCCCAUGGCAACCCACACCCACAUGGGGGAAAUCCUCACCCACACCCACGCUCACCUAGGACUGCCCGCCACGGGCCCCCUCCACCCCCACACCCGCAUCCACGUAGGGUGCCCAAUGGCUACCGCUCAUCCUCACCUUCCCCACAUCGGCGGGGGCCACCUGGGGUGCCCCCCCAUCCACACCACCGGCCCCCCCAUGCCCGAGGUCCCCGCAAGGGCCUGCAUGAACCUUAUAGUGAGACGGACGAGGAUGACUGGUGCUAGCAACCACAGGACAGGAGAGGAGAAGAAUAGCAGCCUCCGGUGCUCUGGCCUUGGAUAUGUAGACUUUUAAUAAAGCAGAGGUGGUGGAAACGUUGAAGGGGGUUGGACGCCCUCCAAACCCUCUACCUUCACCCCUCGGACUCUAAAUGAGAGGAAAGGGCAGAGGGGAGUGGGGUGGAGGUGCGGCAAAUAGGCUUUUACAGAUUUUGUGUGAGACUCAAAUGACAGAGCAGCACAUGGAUAAAACGAAAAAGAGACAGCCAAGACAACUAGGGCAAGGCCCGGGCACAGUUUACCUCUGCCUCUCUCCGUCUCAGAACUACACUUCCCAGAUUUCUCUGCUUGACCAGCAAGGCCAGGCUGCAGGAGGAAACGGAGAGGUGUGGGAACAAAAAAAGUGAGGGAGAAGCAUGUAAAAUGGCCAGAGAUGAUUGCGGUUUACGAAGGCCUAAAAGCACUUCUCCCAGACUGUUGCGUGAUUGGUUAGUUUUGUCAGAUGUGUGCAAUCUGUCGCUGGCCAGUCUGCUAAUGUAAAAGCCUGAAAACGAGCUGGAAAAAUAGAGUCACCUGCUUUGACUCUGCUCUUCGAACAGAUAUGUUUAAAGAAAAAUAAAUUAACAAAAAGCCAGGACCCCCUAACCCUUACAUGCCAAGCUAUGCCUCCAGAAAAUCAAACUUGAACAAUGAAGAACAAAAAUGAAACUUUACAUGACAAACAAUGAAAAGAAAAAAAGGGAGAACAACCACUUUAUCUUUAAUCUUUUUCCUUUCCAAGGGACAGAACCAGGAAGCUCCGCCUAUACUGCAAAAACCAGCCAAUCACAGCGCUGGCUGAUAUUCGAUGAGUUUUAUCAUCUCUGUUUACUGUUAAAGACUCACUUAUUGCUGACGGAACUGGUGUGACAUCACUUCCUGUCUGGCAGUGGUGGUAGCGGAGGGGGGCAGGGCACAUGUGGGCUCACUUUCUGUACGAGUGCGCUACGGGGAGGGUGGGCUCAGAUAACUUGAGAAGGGAGUCGGACACUUCGUCAAGCCCCUUCCACCUCGGUUACUCGACCUGGGCGCAAGGCAAAGGGAUGCCCUGACAGUAAAUGACAUCACACAGUCGAAUGGGGCGGAGGAGAGGAAAGGAGGGAUGGGGAAAAAGACUAAUUUCUUCAGUAUUUCUUCUAUCGAUUACUUCUCCUUCUUGUUCUUCUUCGGACAUUGGAGCUUGGUUCUUCUGUUGCAUUCGCUCAGCCUCCUUUGAUCUUUUUCGGAGUCCAAAAUUUGAUGGAAACCUGCAUGAUUGAUUAAAUACAUACUAGAGAGGAAAUCUAACUGGUGUGGGUGGGACCUGGGGGCUUUAUAGGAAACUUUGCAUUUAGGUUUACAAGAGAAGUUCUCUUCUUUCAGACUCUCUCUCUCUCACAUCUCAAAUGUAAUUUUUGUUUAGUUUUUACAGGAAACUUUUGGGUUUUGACAGUCGGCUGUUUUGUUCGUCUGCCGAUACGGUUCAAAAGCUACGUUUCUACAACCUGUUAAAAGACAGGAAACACUGCAGGAUCACAUUAAAAAUUUCCUGUUGUGCUUGAGAAACAAGAGGGAGAAAGAGUGGGGAGAAGGGGACUUCUACCACACUUGAUUUAUUAUUGUUAAUGAUGAUAGUCUUAUGAAUAACGAUAUCAAUGUCAAUGCAAAAUGACGAUGACAAUGAUGAUGAUACUGAUGAUUGAUUGUUUGAUUGAUGAUUGAUUGAUGGAACUGUUGCUGUAGAUUUGUUGUCAUGUUAUUUGGAGUUUUAAGUAUGCUAUGUCCAUCUUGUUUACAUCCGUUUAUGUUUUUAUCCCCCCCGUUCAAUGACGUUUACCGGGUUCCUGAUGCCUUCCUGCAACGUUUCGGGGCAAUGAUGGCUUGGGAACAUUCACUUAGCAGCGUUGCGUGUUGUAACGCAACUUUUUAAGAUACACUCUCUCUUCAGAAUGGUGGAGGUAGAGGUCAGGGGAGCUUCGGUACCUGACAAUGAUUCAUGGGGUCAGUACUCUUGUCAAGCCAACCCAAAGAUCAAGAAUUCACGUUCGGAGGGAGGGGGUAGACCGGAUCGUUGAGAAGAGUUUGUCUGCAUUUUACGCUGCAGAGGUUUCAGACAAGCCUGUUUUAUUGAGGUCAAAGUUCUAGCAAGGUUGAAUUCUUCCACUUGCAGCCAAAAAAAGACUAUGAAUCUCAAUCUUUUCCCUCUGUCUGGCUCUGUAGUUUUGUUGCCGGCAGUGACAGCACAGUAUUGGUGGUACAGUGUUGGUGUCAGUCAGUAUUAGGUGGUGGUGUUCUCUUUUUUUGCCAUCAGGGGGCAGUUAUCAGCGCACAUUAUCCGCCCUGCCUUCCCCCUCUACAGGACAGCCUCCGGGCCACAUCCUGUUCUCUAGACCCGGAGUGAAACCUCCACUUAUGCCUGUCUCGUAUAUAUCUUUGUAAGAUAUAUAGAUGAAGUCCAGUCCUAGUCCGGAGACACGGAUGUAGCCUGCGAGACGCCAUAUCUGUCCGUUUGUCGGCCCGUCCUUCUGUCUGCCUGUCUGUGCCAAUGCUGACCCCAGCCCCUCCAACCCCUUCUCUCAGGUCUGGAUAACCAGAGAACAGUCACCAAAUCACUGAUCCAAUCACAUGAGGUUGUAGCAAAGCUGAAACCUCCUCUGCCAAAACCCACUUCAGUAUCCACCAACCUCUCCUUCCUCAUCUACCUUUUUCUUUUUCUGUCCAUUUGCUUCGACAUCUGUUCUUUCAGCUUUGCCAGAGAGCGACACUGAGGACACAAAAGGCAUUACAGGACAGGAACACUUAGAACUAAUAAUUUCAUCCUUAUUGUUAUGAGGGACAACAAUUAUUGAAUAUUCAAUAACUCUAGGACAAGAUGAUAAAGCAUAGAUACUAUAGAUGAUAAACUACAUAUAAAUCUAGAUAUAAUACAGUAGAUGUAGUCAUAGAUAACAGACAGAGUAUAAUUAGAGUUUCAGAUAUUUAUUUAUUUUGCACACCGUUCAUGCUCAUGACACGGUUGACGAUCUAGCUACUCUUGAAAACCUCGCACUGUUUUCUUUGCAGUCGCAGAAGCCAGAAAACAAACCCCAGUCCACGUGUUUUGACUCUAUGCAGACCUCAUAAGCAUCCUCAUCGUAUUAUUUCGAAGGAGAAACUGCAAUGCUGUGGUACUGUAAAAACGUACGGAUGAAACGGGAGCACGCGAAUCUGAGAAAAUGUGAAGAUCGACACACCACGAUUGCACACGUCUCUCUUGACAUCACGCACACAGUGAAAGCCCUUCUCUGUCCCUCCCCAUCUUUCUCUCUUCUCCCGAAAAUUGUUGCCUCCAGGCCUAGUAGUUGAGCAUAAGCGUAGUGAAGAUGAGGAUAGGGGGUUUUGUUUAUGUUGAUUGUUUUUUUUCUUUGGCGGGAGUCGAGGGGCGUAGACCCAAAACCCCUCUGCCCACACCUCGCAUCAAGUGAGGUUCAGGCACGUGGGGACGCUUCCCCAAAACCCCCUACAGAGCCACAGUGCCUUCUGUAUCAGAGUCACAUUCGUCACCCCGCCCCCCCCUCAUCCUCCUCGCCCUUAGCCGCUUCCGUCUGUCCCCCCUUACCCUCUGUAGUAGUUGAGAUCAACCACACUACGCCUUAAAAGUCGAGUCCCACCGGCUCCCAUGCUAGCAUAGAAACAGGGAGAGCGGUGAAUUUGAGACUGGGCCACGGUGAGGAAAACAGCCAAGAGGCUAGGCUUGUUGUAGGGAAAUCAAUAUCACAUCCGGUACGGGCUUAAUCAAUUAAAAGUCAAACAUACAAAGAUAUUUGUAUUUGCCAAAAAGACCCACACAGAUUGAAUCAAAGCCUCAAAUUGUCGUCGUUUGUAUACCGGAUGCUGCUUGCAAGCUCUGCUUCUUGGCUCCACCUCCCUGCUCGACGUGGCAUUUUGCAUACAUCCCAGCAAUGUCGUGGGUCCAGUUUCAGGCGGUGUAGUGAGAGGUUUACAGAGGUGCAAAGCGGUUUGCUUACUUCUCAGGUCCCUCUAGAGUUAGGUAGCUCGAUAGACAACGUAGGAAAGAGUGAGCUACAGAACAAGCAGGCCUCGGAUUGAGUUAUUGUAUGGUUUUACCUGGCAUGGCGUCAGACGUUGUAAUGUUGAACCCCCCACCCCCACCCCUCUCCUCUCUCCUGUCACUAACCUACAUUACACUCUGACCCCUUCAUCAGCAGCCUGCCGACGCACCAACACCAACACGCCACCCAGCGUGUUGAAAGACAGGCAGGAAAAAAAUCCCACCUCCAUUUUGGCUCCAUGACACCACUCGCUUGUCCAGAAUUGUAACAGCGGAUCCAAAAUGGCCGACACACAACACUGCCCUUGUGUGAAAGCAUGUUGUGUGUGUGCUUUUCCGAAAAACAAAUCGGUGAACAUCUGAUUUCUUUCUUUGUGUUUUUUUUGUUUUUUUGAACGGGUCUGGGGGGGAUUGCAAGGUUUUUGCUAAGUCAUCACUUCUCCCCACAUCUGCUGUCUGUGUCUUCACCUCCAGCUUCUGUCACCCAUCGGUCUUAACCUCUGAGUAAUCAUUUUUAUUUAUUUUUCUUCUUCGUUAUGGGACGAAGGAAAAACUAACAAACGCACCAACCCAUCCACUCAGUCGGCUGUGAAAUUGUGUCAGUGGGUCAGUCGUGAGGCAACGCGUCGACAAAAACACGAAUAAGGGCUCUCUUUAAAAAAAACUACACAGUGGGUUUAAAUGUACAGUAGUGCUGCCAAAAGUUGUGCUUAUGUAGCUGAAGCCACGCCGUGGUCUCCCCUUUGUACAGCACUAGAUGUGUGCAUGCGUGUGUGUGUAGGGGGUCAAGAGCGAGGCAGGGAGGGAGGGAGGCAGGGAGGGGCGGGAGGGUCAAAAGGCAAUGAGAGAGAUUUUAAUGAUGUAGGGGUCCUGUUUGGGGUGGAGGGGGAGGGAGGGAGGGGGAGCAGCAGCAGAGGUCGUAAUAAUGUUAAUACACAAUUUCACAAUGGCACUGGACCACUUUUCGGGCUCAUCCUCAUGCUCAGAAGCCAUUUUGUCACUGUCACCCCGCCCACGCUUGGUCCCACUGUGAGGGGGGCGGGGCUACUGCUGCGACACGGAGACAUUUACUGUGCGUGUGUCUGUGUUUGUGUGUUGGUGUCUGUGUAUGUGCGUGUUAGUCUUUUGAGUGGUGUGUGAGUGUGUUUAGGGCUGAAACUGCUUAUUUGCAUCAUUGAUUAAUUUGGCAGUUUCUUUAAAUGAAUAAUUAAUUAGUAUGUAAUUAUAUAGUUUUAGUUGUUUUCGGUGCAUAUUAGCA